AUGGAGGAAGUCAGCGCGGAUGUAGAUGGCGCCGGCGCUACAGAGGAAGUCAGCGCGGAUGUAGAUGGCGCUGGCGCUACAGAGGAAGUCGACGCGGAUGUAGAUGGCGCCGGCGCUACGGAGGAAGUCGACGCGGAUGUAGAUGGCGCCGGCGCUACGGAGGAAGUCGACGCGGAUGUAGAUGGCGCCGGCGCUACAGAGGAAGUCGACGCGGAUGUAGAUGGCGCUGGGAGCUUUGACGGUUCGCCGCCGCCAGAGUUCAACGUGGCUGACAUACCUGUGGUGCCCUCUAGUGUCUGUCUGGGAAGUCUAGUGGUGGAGGCAGAGGGCGCCACUGAGCAGCGGGCGGAGCCGAGUAGGGGCAACGUGCCGAAGGACAAUUUUUACUUCUAUCAAGGUGAGCAUGACGUGAGACAGCGGCUGCGCUACCUGCAGCACCUGCCGCUCACCUGUGAGUUCCAGCUGGCAGAGCUGCACCUCCGCUCGCCCCUCGUCUCGCGCCGCACGCUCGAAUUCUUCGCAGACGACCUGCAUCGGCGCACACAGGAGCGUCAGCGGCGGGCGCGCGACGAGCGGCGGCGGGAGAGCGCGCUGAGGGAGCGGGCGGACGCGCGCAUGGGUCGCUACCCGAGCGCACGCGUCUCCCUCACCAGCCGACGCGACUUCCCUGAGUACAACGCCACUGGGCUGGCCGAGGAUUGCUUCCCUCCUGUCGUCUGCAUGAGUCCACCGAGCGCCGGCCUCAGCGUGAGUCCCGGUCAACCCACAGUGAGCACGUCCCCAGGCAGCAAUGUCUCGAGCGAUGGUGGCGUCCCCUCGUUCGCGCAGAUGCUGAGAGCCGGCGAGAAGAAGGCAGAUCAGUGGCCAGCCGCGAAGACGACCGUUGCGGGCGAGCGAGCGUGGCCAGUAGAGGGCGCUGCCGGCUACGACGACGACGGCGGCGAGUACGCGGCUCCGGAGUAUCAGUCGAGCUACGCCGACGCCAUCGCUCUGGCGUUGGAGAAACUAGAGGUCUCGAAGCAGUCGGUCGGAGCCGAUGUUGCUGCAGCACCAUCUAGCGGCGGCAAGAAGAAGCGGGGCAAGAAGAAACAAGUGACGCUCUUCUCGACCUCGAUGGCUUGCUCCAAGAAGUGAACAUCUCUCGCGGGGCGCGACCGCCGCCGGAGGGUCGGAGAAUGAUGCAGAGAUACAUAUGCUUAGACAAAUUUUCGCGAGCCGCGAACCAUGACUGUCUACACGCACGGAGCUUUCACAUAGUCAUCGUCUCCGUUCUCCUAGCAUACGGUCAAACCUGUGUUAGUGGUCACGCCCAUGAAACAGACACCUGUCUAUAAAGGACACCUUUGGCGUGUUUUCCUCGAGCGACGGUUAUGCUGUGAAGUCACCUUUAUAGAACGGACUCUCUCGUCUUUAAAAGACACAUUUGGAGAUUCAUUUGAGUGUUUCGCUCACACACAGGUUUGAUCGGUAUUUAAUCGGAAGAGGCACAUUUUAAAUAUUUUUUGUUUCGAGCGGUCAUACAAUAUUGGGUGCCUGGUAUCGCGACCGCUUUGAAUGCUUGACGCAUGAUCCAAUAGAUCCGGACGGUAACCGGUCAAGCAGUCGCGGCGUGGUCAGUGCAGCGUAGCAUCGGCAGCAUCUCGGCUUUCUCGACUCGCAAUCCGGUGUUUUCGUCUCGCGAGAUUGCGCGCGGCAUGUUGCGCUUCUCGACGAAGCUGGGAGGCUUCCUCGGCGAUAUCUCGCGUCGCUGGUUGUUGCUGGCUGAUGGGGAAGGGCGGCGGGGGAGGGUGUCGCGAAAAAUCACCAGCAGUCAUGACCAUCGUCUAAGUCGAUAACUGUCAUAACUGCUGCUCGUGUUUUUUUGCGGUACGCUUCACUGCAAAAGCCGUGACGUAUUUCGAUUUGCGGUGACUUAACUGUAGUCGUGAUGUUUCUGGCAGCAGAUCGACCCGCAUGUGAGCGGCUGCGCGCGCGUGCACACGCGUAAUCUCGCGGCAGACGUGAGACGAAGUUAACGGCGCCAUUGCGUGGCGAGGUAGUGGUAGUGGUGGUGGUGGUGGUGGUAGUAGUAGUGGUGAUAAGGGCCGCGUGUGAAUCCAGCACAGACGAAUGCACGGCUUCAUCUGCACGCGAGACAUCGUCGGCGUCGCCGUGUCUCGAUCUCGGAUUGUCGGCGUCUCGCCGCGCGAGGCUUCGAUCUUCAGCGGCCGGAAUGCGGCGGCCGGAGUGCGGUGGCACGCGAGAGAGGGUUAAUCAUCCGCUGUUUCGUGGAUUAGACGAGGAGAUGCGAUGAAGGGGUUUUAAGAGCCAGAACGUGCACGCGAUGCUAGGAAUGCUGCUGCUAAUGCUGUUACUGCCGCUGCUGCAGCGGCUGCUGCUGCCGUUACUGCUGCCGUUACUGCUGCUGUUACUGCUGCUGUUACUGCUGCUGCUGCUGCUGUUACUGCGGCGGUGGUGGCUGCCGUUACUGCUGCUGCAGCGGCUGCUGCGUCUGCUACUGCUACCAGGUUUUCAUUAUGGAAGUAAUUUGUUUUCGCCUACAAAUCGACGGUGUUUGUAUUUUUGAGUUGCGCUUAGUUGAACAAUAAAAACGUUGCAGAAAAA